AUGGGUGGCGCAGGUCACGAAGAUGACUGCCAAACUACGAUACCGGAGGCCGAAGACGACAGAGAACACAGGUAUAUUGAUAUAGAACUGUUUCGGACUUAUUCUGCCUUCAUUUAGCCUUCUGGGAGUCAUCCGCGCAGUACGUGGGCGCAUAUUUGUGUCUUUGGUCCCAGCUGGUGGCCGAGAUCAUUAUUAGCUGAAUUAAGGCAGAAUCAACCCGAAGCAGUGCUGUAUCUGUCUAGUGACGUUCUCUGUCCUCUUCCCCUCUAGGCGCUCUCUAACAUAGUUCUUGUAUUUUUGAAGGCAAAUACGUCCUUUUGGAAAAGGAGAAAACUGCAUUGAGUAAAGUUUCGACGUCGGUUUACAUGCCGUCAUCAGACUCGAGUUCAUAUAUACAUAUACAUCUGUAACACCACACACCUUCUGGUUUUCACAGCAUCUUGCAUAAUUCGCGGACAUCAAGUUGGCCUGGCUUUAUAUCUCCUGCCAGUGAGCCUUGAAAGCUCACUUACGUACUACAUACAAUUUGAAUGCGUCUGGAAAGGUUUGCACCAAUUUUCCAUGUUUUGAGGGUUUAAAUUAAGCUGGUGUUUGCCCGGUCAUUGAGUUGGACGUGGAAUACUCGACCACUUAAAGAUCUCCUUAUUAUACAAGUUUGCUGUUUUAAAGGUCGAUUAUCGCUGCUUCAAUCAUUUCUUACAGCUUUAUGUCUUUGUAGUAUGUUUAACCCAUCUUUUAUAUUCCAUGGUUUGAUCUCACCUAACCACAAAAAGGAUGCAAAAAAGAAACUCCCACCAUUAUCGUUUGUUAUUUUGAACAUGGCUGAAGGUAUGUUGAAGACAGAAAAAGGGACGAGCAGGUAUCCGACUACGGACCAUCUAAAGGAUGCAUUGUGUAACUGGCUUUUGAGAAACUUUUCAGCAGCAAUGAUUCCAUAGUUUUAAGAGGCCCAAC